AUGUUGUCUAUUUCUCGCCUACAAUUGGGUCCGACUAGGAAGUGCCCAGCACACAGACGAUGGAACCACGGGUGUCGUUUACUUUCGAUCCCUACCUUCGCCCGUUUCGCAACGACCGUUACAUCAAAAGUCAACACCAGAAAACUCGACCUACCCGCAAUUGACAGAAAAUGGCAAGAAAGAUGGCGUUCCAAGAAGUCGAAUCUACCAUCCAUUGCCUCGGAGACGAAAGGCAACACGGAGAGACCCAAAUCUUAUAUUCUGUCCAUGUUUCCUUAUCCGUCAGGAACGCUACAUAUGGGACACUUACGUGUGUAUACCAUAUCUGAUGUGCUUGCGCGGUUCUAUCGCAUGCGCGGUCAUGAAGUUCUCCAUCCUAUGGGGUGGGAUGCUUUUGGGUUACCAGCGGAGAAUGCGGCGAUAGAGCGGGGAAUCGAUCCGGCAGAAUGGACGAAGGAUAAUAUUGCCAGGAUGAAGGAGCAGCUACGGAGUAUAUCUACUUCCUUUGAUUGGGACCGAGAAUUUGCGACGUGUGCACCAGAAUUUUAUGAACAUACGCAACGAAUAUUUUUGAUGCUCUAUAAGGAAGGGUUAGCAUAUCAGGCUGAAGCUUUAGUCAAUUAUGAUCCCGUGGAUAAAACGGUUCUAGCAAACGAACAGGUCGAUGCUAAUGGCUUCUCGUGGCGGUCCGGAGCAAAGGUCGAAAAGUUGAACCUAAAGCAGUGGUUUUUCCGUAUAACUGACUUCAAGGAAGCUCUUUUGAAUGACCUGGAUUUCCUAGCCAGUGGCUGGCCGGAGCGGGUGCUGUCCAUGCAGCGCAACUGGUUGGGAAAAUCGUAUGGCGCAAAAAUUAAAUUCCCUGUCGCAGCAGAGGGAAUUGGACGCGGGAGUACGGACAUAAAUGUCUUCACCACGCGGCCAGAUACGCUCUAUGGAGUAGAAUAUCUUGCUCUAUCUCUGAACCACCCCAUCGUUCUAGCGGCUGCGGAGACAGAUUCAAAGCUGCGUAAGUUUUUGAAUGAGGCGGCCUCUCUCCCCCCUGACUCCAAGACCGGGUACAAAUUAUCCUCCGUGACUGCCUCUCAUCCAUUACGUAUCAUUGAUAAGGAGAGCCCUCACAUCGCUCGCCAGCUUCCUAUAUUUGCAGCUCCCUAUGUUCUUAGCGAUUAUGGAGAGGGAGCAGUAAUGGGAGUUCCAGGUCACGACUCUAGAGACCUGGCAUUUUUCAAAGAGAAUAUUCAGCCUGUGUCCAUAUCUGUCGUGAUCGAGCCCCAGCGUGCACCUGAUGCCGAGUCCGGGGCUUGCGCCGGCCAUCUCCCUUCCAGUGACAUGAAAGCUUAUACUCAAGAGGGCUUCCUUAACUCCAGGUGCUGGAAAUACCAGGGCCUUCAUUCCCGUGAGGCGGGCCAACAAAUAAUCAAUGACCUCAGAGCCGUAGGCCAUGGAGAAGCCGUGGAGCAAUGGAGACUGAGAGACUGGUUGAUCAGCAGACAGCGCUACUGGGGCGCCCCGAUUCCUAUCGUUCACUGCAAAGAUUGUGGUCCCGUGCCAGUGCCGGACGAUCAGCUCCCAGUCAAGUUGCCUAAGAUAGAAGGGGACUGGCUAAAAGGGAAGAGAGGAAAUCCUCUGGAGUCGUCCGAUGAGUGGGUCCGCACUGAAUGUCCGAGGUGUGGAGGUCCUGCGAAGCGGGAUACAGAUACCAUGGAUACCUUUGUCGAUUCCUCAUGGUACUUUCUCAGAUUUUUAGAUAGUGCCAACAGACGACAGCCGUUUUCACCGUCAUCUGCACGACCAGUCGAUGUUUAUAUCGGCGGUGUUGAGCACGCGAUCUUGCACCUACUCUACGCCCGGUUUAUCUACAAAUUCCUUGCCAAGUCCGACAUUGCUCAUGUAGGUGAUGUUUCGGGGCCAUCGGAGCCGUUUAAGACACUCCUUUCCCAAGGCAUGGUUCAUGGGAAGACGUACUCGGAGCCCUCUACAGGGAGAUUCCUCCACCCUUCCGAAAUGGACAUUUCUAACCCCGAUAAGCCGGUAAUCAAAGGUACUCAGAUCACUCCUAAUGUGUCCUUUGAAAAAAUGUCGAAGAGCAAGCACAAUGGCGUGGACCCAACAACAUGUGCCCUGCACUACGGUGCUGAUGCCAUUCGCGCUCACGUGCUGUUCUCCGCACCCGUCAGUGAAGUCCUUGAAUGGGAUGAGACAAAGAUUGUGGGAGUCGAACGCUGGUUUGGCCGAGUUUGGAAGCUUGUGCACGAUGCGCAAGAGACGCUUGCUUCAUCGUCAUACACGUUAAGCCCAGAUGAGCUGACGUUGUCCAACCACACCACAACCCUCCCCCACUCUCUGCAGAAUCUCAGUGACAAUGACGCAGAUGCUGUUCUCUUCACCCAUAGAACCAUUUUGUCCGUUACAAGUUGCAUAGAACAUAACCCUUAUGGGUUGAAUACCGUUAUCUCUGACCUGACCAAAUUAACCAAUUCAUUGUCCUCAUCAACACCAUCAUCUCCACAGGUCCUCUACUUGUGUAUAUCCUCUCUGCUUCGCCUUCUCGCACCUAUUGCUCCGGCUCUAGCUUCUGAGAGUUGGGAAUUUCUCAACGAACCGAUAAUUGACCGCCACCCGAAGAGUGAAACCAUAGACAAUGCAUAUAACGUGCCCCCAAUUUUUGACUGUCCUUGGCCAACAGCGCUCCUGACUUCAGAGCAGGCGGAUGUACUGUCGGCGCGUGGUGGCCAGACCGUGGCAGUUCAGAUCAAUGGCAAGUUGCGCUUCACUGUCACCGUUCCACGACAGCUGUCACACACGACGGAUGAAACAAGCGAGCAGGAUUUUGUAAUCAAUCGCAUCCUGGAAACUGACGAAGGACGUACUUGGUUGCGUGAGAAGAAUGACUGGGAAAAACGGAGGCGCGUGAUUGUUGUCAAGGGGGGUAAAUUGGUUAAUAUUGGUAAAAUUCUUAUGGUCCUCUAUGACGGUGGCGAGCACGCCAAGCAACAGCCCGGACUCUUGGGUACCACCGAGAACGAGCUUGGAUUGAGGAAGUGGUUGGAAGAACAGGGCCACACUCUCGUCACCACCUCUGACAAGGAGGGUGAGAAUUCUACCUUCGACAAGGAACUCGUUGACGCCGAAGUUAUCAUCACCACACCCUUCCACCCUGGCUAUCUCACCGCUGAGCGCCUGGCUAAGGCCAAGAACCUCAAGAUCGCUGUCACUGCUGGUGUCGGAUCGGAUCACGUUGACCUGAACGCUGCCAACAAGACCAAUGGCGGUAUCACUGUCGCUGAGGUGACCGGCUGUAAUGUCACCUCCGUCGCGGAGCACGUUGUGAUGACCAUCCUAACCCUGGUCCGUAACUUUGUCCCCGCUCACGAGCAGAUUACCCGCGGUGAGUGGGACGUUGCGGCUGUCGCUAAGAAUGAGUUCGAUUUGGAGGGUAAGGUCGUCGGAACGGUUGCUGUCGGCCGUAUUGGCGAGCGUGUCCUCCGCCGCCUGAAGCCAUUUGACUGCAAGGAGCUUCUCUACUAUGACUACCAGCCCCUUAGUCCUGAGGUCGAAAAGGAGAUUGGCUGCCGUCGUGUUGACUCCCUCGAGGAGAUGCUUGCUCAGUGCGAUGUUGUCACCAUCAACUGCCCCCUGCAUGAGAAGACCCGUGGCUUGUUCAACAAGGACCUGAUCUCCAAGAUGAAGAAGGGCUCGUGGCUCGUUAACACUGCCCGUGGUGCCAUUGUCGUCAAGGAGGAUGUUGCCGAAGCUAUCAAGACUGGCCACUUGAGAGGUUAUGGUGGUGAUGUCUGGUAUCCCCAGCCUGCCCCGAAGGACCACCCACUCCGCUAUGUCCAGGGCCCAUGGGGUGGCGGUAACGCUAUGGUUCCUCACAUGUCUGGUACCUCGAUUGACGCACAGAUCCGUUACGCUCAAGGCACAAAGGCUAUUCUCGAGAGCUACUUCUCUGGCCGUCAUGACUAUAGGGACCAGGAUCUCAUUGUUCGAGGAGGUGAUUACGUUACUAAGGCAUACGGUCAAAGGAACAAGGCUUAG